UUUAGGAGGGUUAUUAUUUAUUUUUUAAUACAAUAAUAAGACGGAAAUUUAACAUUUUAAUUAUUUUAUAUGUAAUUUAUAAUUAUAUCCAAGAUAUACCGUUAUGGCUAGUGCAAAAAUCAUCGAACUGGAUGAGAGCAACACGUGCAAAAUAUGUGAUAAUGCUUUAGCAAAAUAUUCUUGUCCAAAAUGUAACAUUAUAUAUUGUUCACUCACCUGCUACCAGGCAGAGAAACAUAUGGAAUGCUCUGAGAACUUCUAUAGAGAUAAUGUUUUGGAGGAACUAAAUUCAAAUAAUGUAGACAGCUCAAAGGCCGAUAAAAUUUUAGAAAUUCUGAAGAGGACACAUGAGAAUAACAAAAUUGUUGCCCCUGAACCAGAUUUAGAUAGUGAUGUGGAUUUAGAUGACAUCGGUCCGUUUUCACAAUUUGUGGACAUAGAAGAUCUUGAGGAAGACCUAGAUUCGGAUGACGAAGACUAUAUAGAUAUAGCAGAGAGAUUAGCUGGUGUCAAUUUGGACGAUCCCGAACAAAUAUGGGAAAAACUCACCGAAGAUGAAAUACAAAAUUUCGUAUCUUUUUUAAAGUCUGAAGAUGUAAGUAAACUGAUACCUUCAUGGCAACCAUGGUGGCUCUAUUCUGAAGACAAAGUUACCGAGAUCAAUGCAGGCUUGGGAGACUUCAAAAAUAACUGCCCUAAACCGGGAAAUAUCAAAGAUUUCUCAAGUAUUACAAAUAAAGCUCCAGCAAAUAGUGUGAAAUACAAUUUGAUUAAUAUUUUGGCUGCAUAUGCUUUUACAGUAAGAUAUUUUAACGGUGAAUAUUUUGAUUUUGCCAACGAAGCAGUAGCAUCGAUUGCUACCAUUUCCCUAACCCUGAAAAAAGGACAAAAUUUCGAGGAUAGAGAAACCAGCAUCAAGAGUGUUGAACAGGAGUGUAUUAAUAGCGAAUGGAUCAGAACCGACUCAGAAAACUUGGAUUUGAUGAGGGACGACGUCUCAAAAAUUCUGCAAGGCCCUAAUACGCAAGAAAAAAAUUAUUAUGUUCUUUGUGCUCUGACUGACCUAGAGAAUUUACUAAAGGAAGCACAAGCACCGAAAAAUACACAGUCUGGAGAAAAGGGAGCUUUUAGUAAACAAUUUCCUAACGACAUGUUCCCUCAAGUACAGCAUGAGAAGAAAGAAAACAUCAAAAAGUAUUUAAGAAAAGUUGAAUAUUUUCAAAGUUACGCGAAAGACGUGUUUCAAAUGUAAAAACAUAUUGGCUAAGAUCCCAGGGCUGCUAGAUUUUACUUAUUUUCUCACAAAAUAAAAA